ACGGCACCGCAACGCGGUCUGCGGCGCCCAAACCUCGCGAGAUUUGUUGGCCCGGCAAAGUCACCCUCCACCCACAUCUCGCGAGACCAAGCUUUAUGAGUGGCUAUCUGCCGGUUAGGGCUUGCAGGAAAGAUGGAGUAUCCCGCGUUGGGCACCGUGGAGGCCGCAGACAGUGGAGGGGCCCGACCAUACAACAGCUCGGAGGAGCGAGAAGGACGGGAACCGGACGGGCUGCGCUUCGACCGCGAGAGGGCGCGCCGCCUGUGGGAAGCAGUGUCCGGGACCCAACCAGUGGGAAGGGAGGAAGUGGAGCACAUGAUCCAGAAGAACCAGUGUCUCUUUACCAAUACCCAGUGUAAGGUUUGCUGCGCCUUGCUCAUUUCUGAGUCCCAGAAGCUGGCACACUACCAGAGCAAAAAACAUGCCAACAAAGUGAAGAGAUACCUAGCAAUCCAUGGAAUGGAGACAUUAAAAGGGGAAACGAAGAAGCUAGACUCAGAUCAGAAGAGCAGCAGAAGCAAAGACAAGAACCAGUGCUGCCCCAUCUGUAACAUGACCUUUUCCUCCCCUGUCGUGGCCCAGUCGCACUACCUGGGGAAGACCCACGCAAAGAACUUAAAGCUGAAGCAGCAAUCCACUAAGGUGGAAGCUCUGUCGAAAUGCCUUACAAACCCUUUCCUUGUGGCCUCCACCUUAGCCUUGCACCAGAAUAGAGAGAUGAUAGAUCCAGACAAGUUCUGCAGCCUCUGCCAUGCGACUUUCAACGACCCUGUCAUGGCUCAACAACAUUAUGUGGGCAAGAAACACAGGAAACAGGAAACCAAGCUCAAACUCAUGGCACACUAUGGGCGGCUGGCAGACCCUGCUGUCACUGAUUCAUCAGCUGGGAAGGGCUACCCCUGCAAGACGUGUAAGAUAGUGCUGAACUCCAUAGAACAGUAUCAAGCUCAUGUCAGCGGCUUCAAACACAAGAACCAGUCACCAAAAACAAUGGCAUCCCCCCUGGGCCAGAUUCCAGUGCAAAGGCAACCCAUUUUGAAAGACUCAGCCACAUUGGAAGACUAGAGAUGUUUCUGUCCAGCACCCAAGGUUGAACCAGCCAUGAGCCAGCUUCCCAUGACCAUGGUCAGCCCUUGGCUCCCUCUUCCUUGUUUCUUAUACCUGGAGAACACAUAGGCCUGAGGCAGCAGAUAGCCUCUGAUUGGUCCAGGCAAAUCCACCCCUGCUCUACCCCUUUAGAAUGGACCCUGUAGGUCAGGACGAGAGAAGGGGGUGGAUCUUGAGAGGACUUGGGGACUCACAGGGUAGUAGUUUGGAGGAUGGCCUUUCCCCUUCCCCAGCGUCUUUGGGCCAUAUGUCAUGAGUCCCAGGCCUGUCUUUCUCUGCAAGUCAGUUUGAACCAGUCUCUGUAGCUAAAGAACUGAGCUCUCCCUGGGCUCUAGGCAGCUCCAGUGAAACCUGGAGCUUUCACACCAGACCUUGGCCUAGGAGGGAAAGGGUAGAUGGAAAUGGCUGUCCCAUGGAAGCUUGGAGCUAAUAUGACUCCCCCUUUCCCCAAAAAGUACAGGCUUUCCUGAGCCUGGGACCAGAUGCUGGCCAGUGAGACAGUUUUCACCCACUGUGAAGUUUCCUCCUAGAGCAGUGAUGCAGUCCUGGCAGAACAGUGCUAUCCUUCCUGCUCCUUCUCUGCAGUUCCUGAAUGGUGCUAAGGAUCUGCAGCAGCUGGAAAAAAGCUAGAGCGGGAGGAAGCCUCAGUAUCCUGUGGGAUCAUGGAAAUCUCCAAGGGGGUCCUUUCCCCUCCUCUGUCAGAGAGGUGCUCUGACCCACGGACAUGUGGGAAAGUUCCCACAUGCCAGUUCCCUUGAUGGUUCUGUGCCCUUAAAGGCAAACUGCCUCAUGCCAGCCAGCUCAGAGGUUCAUUGCUGCUCCUUGGCUCUACUAGCCCUCUCCUUCUCCUUAUGCAGCAGACCACCUGCCCAGGUUGCUGUGGUGCUAGCCCUCUCCCAUCAUCCACCAGGAGAUGCCUGGGUGCCAGGGAACAGGAUAGGACCCCCAGGAAAAGAAAGGAGAGCUGGUACAGGUUUCUGCAAUGAGGAAAAAGAUGUUCCCCGGGCUCCAAGCUUAGAUUUCUCCAACUCUGCUGUGUUUUAUACCCUGGGACUUCACUUGUAGCUUUCAAGCAGGAAUUCCAAGGAGUGUCACCAUCAUAGGCCCCUCUUCAUUGAGUCAGAGAAGCCCCUAGCUGCUCUCGUGGCCUCUUCCCCCUAUUGCCUAUCCCUUUGCCUGUGAAAUGCCUUUACUCAUUGUGUAUGGGUGUGUGUGCGUGUGCUUAUGCUCUGUCUCUUGGUCACUGAAGCAUCUAAAUAAAGAAUUUCUCCCAUGAGCCAGACUGCAACUUAACAGGCCUGGGAUUUGGUGCCA